AUGUCGCGGCAUAGAUCCAGAAGAUUAGAACUACCUCCGGCUCAAGAGGCUAUAGAUAAAUUGAAUGAGCUUUUAGAUAAAGGUUUGGCCCCCGAUGAAGCUAUGUGUAACAUAAUUAUUCAUGGUUACUGCUGGGAGGGAGCAAUAGAGAAAGCAUUCUUGUUCUAUAAUAGAAUGGUUGAGAACUCAUGCAAGCCGGAUGUUAUUACAUGUAACAUUCUUCUACGAGGGCUUUGCAAACAUGGUAUGUUCGAGAAGGCCUUUAAUUUAUUUAACACAUGCAUCAUUAAAGGUAAGCUCAUUGAUGCAGUUACGUACAACACGUUGAUUUCCGUCCUUUGCAAAGAAGGGAAACUUGAUGAAGCAUUUGACCUCAUGACUGAGAUGAAGAAGAAAAAAUUGGGGCCGGACCGAUAUACUUAUACUGCCAUCAUUGGUGCACUUACUCAUGCUGGGAAAACUGAGGAAGCAAAGAAAUUCAUGUCAAAACUCCUAGAGACAAGUCCAAAUAUGAUAAGUGAAGACACUUCACAAAUUCUUGGUUCAGGUGACAUGGAUUACACAGAACAGAUAAGUAAUUUUUGUACUCAAGGGAAGUACAAAGAGGCAAUGAAACUAUUUCAAAAAUCAGAGCAGAAAGGAGUUAGUUUGAAUAAAUCUGCGUAUUUCAAAUAUGUAUCUGCUGAGAGGUAUUCUGAAGCAUUAGAUAUCCUACAUUCAGGAGCUUGCCUUCAAUUGACUCAUGGGCAGGUUACAUGCAGAGCAGAGCUUGCUUCAAUGUAUGUGGAGACCUUAGUGAAAGGGAAAAUUCCUUAUGAUGAAAAAACACUUGACCUUGUCAAGAAAAUCUAUCAGGCGUUUUCUCGGGUUCCACUACCACAACACUUGUGGGAUGUUGAUGAUGUGCAGCAGCUUUCUAAAGACAUCGGAACGGCAAAGGCACGUGUUGAAGGCUGUUCCUCAUUCUUAAAAGAUGCUAUCAGAUGGUCAGCCGAAUAUAGAGCAGAUAGUAAUGGAUCUCCUGAACUGCACAUUAUGCUAGCCGAAUACAUAUAUUUGGAAAGUCCUGAGGUGGAUAUAGGUAAAGUAACAUAUCAUUUUACGAGAGAAAAUAAUCCAAAGAAGUUUGCUUCUACUCUGGUGAACUUUCUGGGCAAGUGCUAUCCUGGUGAAGAUGAUCUGGCGAUUGCUCGAGCGGUUUUAAGGUAUUUGUGCCAAGGUAAUUUGAGAGAUGCCAACCUACUAGUUGAAGCGGUAAAGACACAAAUCGAAUCCACCGAGAUUGAGUUUCCAAAGUCAGAGUUAAUGCAGUUCAUCACUUAUCUUUUGCAAACGAUGGAGAGAGAUGCUUUGCCUCUUUUUAAUAUGUUGAGAGUAAAUUAUAAGUUAAGUAUUGACAGGGAACCUGCAUUUCAUGAGAUGCUAGAUGACAUUGCAGAGAAAUUUUUUGGAGUACAGAGAAGGAAUCCCAUAGGGAUGUUUGGAGAUAUAUUCAAGUUGAUGGGGUCUGCUGAAUGA